GGAAGAUAGCGAAAAUAUAACAGUAUGAUUCGUCUCUGAGAUAUUUUUCUAUAUUUCUUUAUACAUAUAUAACCCGCUUAAAACCACUCUGCUGGUUUUCUGCUCCUUUAUUUUUCCCAUUCAGCGGUGGCGGCCAGACGAGAAGCAGAGCGUCUUUCCCCAUGGCAGGCUUGAUGGAGUCGACGGCGACGGUGACAGGUGGGCACGAUGAAGCAGCAACAGAGAUCAAGAGCUCGUCGUCCUCUCUCGAAGGGAGCACAGAUUGCUCGACCAAAAUGGAGGCGCCGAAGAUGCUUGCUGGCGGUGCGAAGGAGGCGGUAGAAGCAGCUGGUCCAGCAGAGGCAGACGAGAAGCAAGAAGAAGCGCUUCAAGAUCGAUAUCAAGAGAAAGAAAACAGUCGAGAUGAGAAUAGCCCAGCAGCUCAAGAGGCUCCAGAAGCACCAGCUGGUUCCGGCGAGGUCAAGAUGUCGAAGGGCAAAGUCGCUCUCAUCAUGCUUGCUCUCUGCUUGGCCACGUUUCUUGCGGCUCUCGACAUAACGAUCGUCACUACGGCGCUGCCAACCAUCGCCAGAGAGUUUAACACAUCACAGGCGGACUAUGCCUGGGUGGGCUCUGCAUAUCUGCUCGGUGCUGCUUCAUCAACUCCAUCAUGGGGGAAAGUUAGCGAUAUCUUCGGCCGGAAGCCUGUCUUGCUGGCCGCCAACGUCGUCUUCUUGAUCGGCUCGCUCCUAUGCGGCGUGAGUAUCAAUAUCAAGAUGUUGGUAGCCAGCCGUGUGAUUCAAGGAAUAGGAAGCGGAGGCCUUCUUACUCUCGUGAAUAUCUGUGUGAGCGACUUGUUCAGCAUGAGAACUCGAAGCAUGUACUUUGGUAUCAUCGGCAUGGUAUGGGCUAUAUCAGGCAUCAUUGGGCCUGUCAUCGGUGGCCUCAUGACCCAGUACACCACCUGGCGUUGGUGUUUUUAUAUAAACCUUCCCAUCGACGGAGUUGCUUUUCUGAUUAUAUUCUUCUUCCUGGAGCUCCAUACUCCUACCACCCCAUUGCUAGCCGGACUCCGUGCCAUUGACUGGCUCGGUUCUCUCGCUGUCGUCGGUGGUACGGUGAUGUUCCUUAUCGGCCUUGAGUAUGGUGGCGAGUCUUACCUCUGGUCUUCCCCAACAGUCAUAUGCUUGAUUGUUUUCGGAAUAGUGACAUGGGGCAUUUUUAUUCUUAUUCAGUGGAAGGUUUCGCGUUAUCCAGUCAUGCCGCUGUGGCUCUUUACCCAGCGGUCCACACUUGCGGCAUAUGGAACGGUCCUCAUACAUGGAGCCAUUUAUACUAGCGGAAGCUUCUUCCUGCCACUCUAUUUUCAAGCCGUCCUUGGAGAGACACCGCUAAAGUCGGGAAUACUCCUCUUUCCAAACGUUAUAGCAGUUUCUAUCGUCUCUGCGGUCACCGGUGUCUUCAUUCGCAAGACCGGUCUUUGCCUUCCACCAAUCUGGUUUGGAACGACCGUUCUAGUUCUCGGAACAGGACUCUAUAUCAAUCUCCCAUCACACAGAUCGUUGGUCAAAGUUAUCCUCUAUCAACUAGUGGCUGGAAUGGGUAUUGGACCUAACUUCCAGGCCCCCAUCAUCGCUCUUCAGAGCCAUAUAAGGCCCAGUGACAUAGCAACUGCCACAGCUUCCAUAGCCUUCUGCAGAAAUCUUGCUAGCAGUAUCUCCGUUGUCAUCGGAGGUGUCAUAAUCCAGAACAGACUCCAGAGUAACAUUCUGGAGAUCCAACACCUCCUCAGCCCCAAGUCUUUAGAAGCUCUGCAGGGAGUCUCUGCUGGAGCUUCGGUCCAUAUCAUCCAGGCUCUCCCGCCAGACGAAAAGCAACCAGUUCUCGACGCGUAUACCAAAAGUUUGAGCACCAUGUGGAUAUUCUAUACCGCCCUUGCUGCUAUCGGUUUUAUAGUCAGUUUGCUUUUACAGAAAAAGAAGCUCAACAAGGAACACGAAGUUACCAAGACUGGACUUGAUGCCCAGGAACGAGCGAGGAAAGAAAGACUGCAAAUGGAGAAAGAAGCCAAGAGUAGUCGAAAUAAGGCUGUUUAGAGUCGUGCUGCGCAUGGUUGUACUGCGUCGAGUAUGACAGGCGAUUUUGAAAUCUAUUGAUACCCUUCUGUCAUGAUUCGUCACUUUUCUAUUCUAUUCUAUAAUGAGCUGACCGUGGAUAGAUUCGAUAUAGUUUUCCGGGCGCAGCUGCUACUGACCACGUCAAUACCUCGUGUUUAAAUGGCGUUUUUCAAUAGAUGGGUAUACAUGGACAAUGCAGCUAUUAAUUAUUAAUUAUGAAAUGUCGAUAUAGUACAAAAUAACAAAUUGAACUGGCCAGUUAACACUCUAGCCUUUGCUAAACCACAUCAUGCUUAUCUGAUUGACAAGAUUACUUCUAAAUUUAGGUGCCGCUAUUUUAGCUUAAUUAUAGUUCGUUAACUAGUUAUAGAGUUUAUCGGGGUGGCAAUUUACAAAAGAUUUGGGUCCAUACCUUUAUACAUCGAUGUGCAUGCUAGUGAGAUUUGCAAAAUGAUAUUUCUUCUGACUUUCCAAGAAAGAUGUGACCACGUAUGUAAAAUGUUUGGAGACAGAGCCAGAUACCCCAAAAUCAAAUCGAUCACUAGACGAUUUCACAGCAACCCCUUUUGGCUCCUUCAAACAUGUUACUUCUAACGGCGUAAGCUACCCCGAUCCGCUCGACAGCUUAGAAUUCCGUAAAGAGGGCCCCGGU